CUUUCUUCUUCCUGGUGCACUAUUUGUCCUUAUCAUUCUAGAAGGCAUAGAAUGGAUGGUUCAAAAACCAUAUACAUGUAGCGCGAAUAUGCUUUCUUUUGCUAAUUAUCUGUCUUACUGCCUAACUAUUAGUCAUUCCGUGACUUUGGCUGCCCAUAAAAGAGCAUUUGAUUCCUACUUCCUGACAAGUAGUGCCAGCUGGUGCAAGACGGUCUUUCGCCAAGUAAGAUGAAGAUGGUCUUCACAAACAACUCUCUUGAUUUUCUCUGCCUUGAUGUCUUCCCCCCUGGGGUUAACACACUCGCAUUUUCGGACAGUCAUGUAUUUCGGACAAUCACUAGUUUAAUUUGUGUUGUCAACGGCAUUCUGAGUCCUUCAAUAGUGGUUGUCAACUUGAUGGUUUUCGUUGCGAUUUUAAGAAAACCUCGCUUACGUACCGCCUCAAACACAUCUAUCCUUUGUCUUGCCACAACUGACCUGAUCGUGGGCCUUCUCGCCCAACCGGCGUUUGUGGUUUUCCAAGCCAGCAAGCUACGUGGGAAUCUCAACACAGUGCCAUGUUUUGAGAUCUUGAUUGCCAGGUUUCUAGAGAUAUUUUGCAUUGGGUAUUCGUUUCUCACGCUGAAUCUGAUGACAGUCGAGAGAUAUCUAGCGGUUUUUCAUCCUUUCUGGUAUCACGAGAAAGUCACAAGCAAAGGAAUUAUUCUCAGCUCAUUCAUGUGUUGGACGAUUUGGACCGCUUUAUUUCUUGGUGUUCGACUCACACUUGGAAUAAACAGUCACGAGGAACUGAUAAUAACAUCAGGUACCGUGGCAGCGACACUUAUUCUAACUUCUCUAGUUUACUACAAAAUCUUCAAGCUCGCGAGGAGCUCAGUGAAUGCUGUCGAUUUCAGCAACGCGGACAUUCAGAAAAAAUUGCGCGAAACCAAAGCAGCGAGAACUGUUGUCAUAGUCACUGGAACUGUUUUUCUUUGUUGCUGUCCUACGUGCGUCUCUCUGUUGCUAGACCGGCUGAAUGCAGUGGAUAAGGCGGUGAUAUACCACGCCAUUUAUCCAAUAGCAGAGAGCGUUGUAUUCUUGAAUAGUAUCUUGAACAGUAUGAUCUAUGUCUGGAGAUGUGCAGAGAUCAGAAAUAGUAUGAAAGAAGCGCUAAACAAGCUCAGAAGGAAACAAUCACUUGCAGCUAGCGAAAGUGUGAAGGCUAGCUAGUAAACCUGUUGAGACACACUGAACAAUAGCUAAUACUUGAAUUACACUUGAAACGAACCAGAAAGGUGGAAAUAGCCUCGAGAGUGGAAUGGAAUAACAAGAUUAAUUUUGAUAUAACGGCACUUUGCGAUUGACCUGUCGUUUAUUACGCACUCGUUAUUUUCAAUAGCUAAGCUGUUCAAAUUGUCUCUAUAUUUUUUAAGCAAGCGUAUGCUUUAGACUGGAUGUGAAUGUCUUAGAAUUAUAUAUGACACUCUGCCAUAAUGCUUGCGGCGUGUCUCUGCUAUGCCGGAGGAACUGUUAAUAAGGCGAAAUCAAUAAUAGUUAGUUUAAGUUAUCAGGGGCUGGUUCUUGGUUAUCUGCCGAUUGGAGUUUAGUUAAAGUU